CCGUCUCAUUCCGCUUAUCGUUUUCUCAUUUGUUAGUGUUUCUUUUUUUGAUUAAUUAUUAUCAUUCUCCAUGGAUACGGUUAAUGUCGUGAAUUACACGUUUUCGUCGUCGUCUUCUGAUCGAGAAUCAUUGUUCCGACGACAGGCCAAGGCCAUCACUCGACGAGCACCACUACCUUAUGGUCACAUCCCUGCGAGGCAUAUGCGACGCCAUAAACGGUCAACAACGCAUGAUAUCCACGAUCUUAAUAUGGACACGAAACGGCCUUCAUCAAAAGCUCCUUAUCCAUUUUCGUCAAAGUUAUCCCUGUCGCCACCUUCCUCAUUUUUGUCGCUGUUGGCCAACCUGUUAUCGUUCUCUCAGCGGGAUGUGCCGUCAUCUCCGGUAGGAUUCAUGCCUCGAUCUUCCCACGAAUCCAAAGUAUCAAUGUCACCCUUUGAGGUGAUUGCGCCUAUGAGUACACCUAUUGAUUGCUGCGGAUACGACAAUAGUGAUUUAUACCAGGACAAUUGCAGCUGUUUAAGCACUAGUAACUCUAGCACAAGUUCAUGCGGGAGUCUGAGUUCAGUCAGUACCUGCAGCAGCUGUGCUACGAAUAGCUCGGCCAAUUGGGGGUUCAGCGACGCAGAGACAAGCAUUCGGAACCAUGUCCGCAAUCAUCCCCAUCACGGUAGCAUCAGUACGGCAGCAUUAUCCGAUAUUUUAUGCGAGCACUAUGUACAAACACAGACGAUGGCCAUGACGGGCGAUACCGAUUUUAAUUCACUUUUGGAAGAGAACAAUGAACAUGUCAUUGACGUGCCCCUGGAAACCUUCCGAAUGUUCGAGGCGCCGUUGAAUCAUGACGAAGAUACCAAAUCCAUCUGGUUAAACUUGCAAACCACAAGAGACUGGACCCCGAUUGACGUCUCGUCAAAAGAAGCUGUGGCCGAUGAGGAUGCCAAAGUGCCAAUAGGCGAGCAUGCAACACCGCAUCCAUCACCCGUGAUCCAUGUGGAACGAACCCCUAAUCAUCGUGCCCGAGAUACCCGAGUCAACGCAGCUCAUCUUCGAAUGAUCGUGGCGGAAGUGAAUAUGAUGCGGGCGAACAAGAUCAUAGGUCCACUUCGGCCUCGUGGUUACCUUCCCAAACGGCAACAUCGCUUUGUCACCAAUCAACCCAGUCGAUUGAAAUACCAAGAUCCUCAUCUCAGCUCCGUGAACUGUUGAUCCAAAGAGAAAAAAAAAAGCACCCCUCUGGUACACCUUAUUUUCCCUUUGUCCUUUUUCCUCACACUCCGCCUGGCUUGCGGUAACUGCCUGAUUAGGUAUACUUUUAACAUCUCAUCUCUUUUCCCUUUUUCAACAGACAAACCUCCCAUUGAUUUCGCUCAUCAGCAUUUCAUUUUUUUUUUGAUUUUCUUGUUUUUGGUCGUCUACUCUAUGUAUAUUCGUCUUUAUAAUGCUACCGAUAAUAAUAAUGUGAAUGUGACCACCUGCAAUCAUGCAGCAUAC